AUGCAGCUGGUAGACCACGACACUUUUUUUAGACAACUGACCACGCUGUUUGAAUCAACUCGGGAUUCAGGAUCGAUAUGGCUCACUCAUAAACGACUUAUACAUGAUGGCGAAGACUCUCACAUGCAUUCGUCCGCCGACGACGAAAUAAAAGAGUACCUAUGUCUAGUGCGAGUAACUAAUGGCAAAGACGUGAACUUCUCCACGCGUGUUGAGUCCGGCCAGCUCGACAAGUUCCACUCAACAUAUGGUACUCUUCUAAAAUCUUCCAUGGGUGCUCUUCGAAAGCGCGACAAGAAGCGAGAGAAGCAGCGAGCCGAGGAAGUUGUACGUCGGAAACAGCGACUGGCCGCGGCGAUUGUAGUCGAAGGUGCAAAGAGAGGCAAUGGGCGGCGAAAACGCCAGAGGAAGGUCAAAGCGGCUUGGAAGCAAGAAGAGACGCGGAGGAAAGUGCAAGAGAGAGAGAUGCCGGUCCUGGCACCACCUCCUAUUGCGCCCAUUGAAGCGGACAUCUUCGAUGAGAACGAUGAUGGCUGGCAAGACAUGCCCGUAAUCCGAGAGGGGGAUGAAUUCGCCAAUGGUUUAGACGAGGAAGAUCAAAAGAAGUAUCACUAUGUGGCAUCUGCUAAGAAGGAUGCCUCUGGGGUGGGAGGAAAUGCGACCGGAAACCUUCUGGAUGUUGACUACGAGGGCAGCGAAUGGCGUUCCAAGGUCGAUCAGAACGAAAGCGAAUACACGCGUCUACGAGUGAACGAGGAGGAUGAAUCUGACGAAGUACACCUACGCACGAGGUAUCUUUUUGAUGAAGACAAGGCUAUGACUCCUCUCAGCCAGAUGCAAGCCACCAAGGAUCUUCUGACAGAAGCGCAGCGGGUAGCGUACGUUGGUUUAUGUGCACUGACCAGUCGCGAGAUGUCAGGCAAGCUGAAGGCAUUAAACCGGAAGGAGGUGAAGAAGGCGAUUGACGACAUGGAACUGUGGAUUUUAAAGAUCAUGGGUCGGUUGUAUUAUCAUAUGGAGUUGAGCACUCAAGAGCAGAAGAUGAUAGACAGUCUUGCUGUGCAUGGCAUCGAGGCGAAGGAUCUCGUGCCAGCUCUCAUGACAACCCAUACAGUUGCAAAUCCCGAAUACGAUCCAGCGGAGGCUCGGAAGCAAGCCGACAAGAAACAGAUCUCGGAGGAUGCGCAAAUAGAUGGAUUAGAUUCUGCAGAUAUUUCUGAAUCUUUGCCUCAGUCAUCUAUUCCUACCAACGCCAACGUCGAUUCAACACCCACGAGCGCACCAAAGCCUCAACAAACUACUGCUAGAGUGCUCACAGAUACCUCCUCGUCCGUUCCUGGUGUUAGUACACACCUCUCUGCCGCUGACGAGAACGUUACUCUUGAUAUCCGAUGGACUGUCCUCUGCGACCUUUUCCUUGUGCUUAUUGCGGACAGUGUGUAUGAUGCCCGUUCUCGCGUGCUACUCGAGAAUGUUGCGCUCAAGCUAGGACUCGGGUGGUUGGAUGUGGUCAAGUUCGAGCGGCGAGUGUCGGAGGCGCUCGAGAUUGAGGAGAGCAUUGAGACGCUAGAGCAAGGGGACGUCAUUAAGGGCGUGCAAAAGAAUACAAGGAAGAGACGAUAUAUGAUGCUUGGACUCGCUACUAUAGGUGGUGGUCUAGUCAUUGGACUUUCGGCAGGACUUCUUGCACCGGUGAUUGGUCUUGGCCUAGGAGGCGCCCUUGCUACUAUCGGUAUAUCUGGGACAACUGGGUUUUUGGUCGGAACUGCUGGGACUGCCGUCAUAACCACCGGUGGUAUCCUGACUGGCUCGGGCGUGGCCGUUCAUGGUAUGGCAAAGAGGACACGUUAUGUGCGAACGUUUGACAUACUGCCUCUUCACAACAACAAGCGAGUGAAUUGCAUACUCACCGUACCUGGCUUUAUAACAGGUCCGCAGGACGAUGUUCGUCUUCCAUUCAGUGUCCUUGAUCCCGUAGUGGGGGAUGUGUUCAGUGUCCUCUGGGAGCCGGAAAUGAUUCGCGAAACUGGAAGCGCCCUCAAGAUUCUAACUGGCGAGGUGCUUACACAAUUGGCUCAGACUGCCCUACAGGCCACAGUCAUGACGGCACUGAUGAGUGCUCUGCAAUGGCCGAUCAUAUUGACCAAGUUGGGCUAUUUGAUAGACAACCCUUGGUCUAAUGCAUUGGAUCGUGCUAAAUCAGCGGGUCUUGUGCUAGCAGAUGUCCUCUUAAACCGGCAUCUUGGUGUACGUCCCAUAACCCUCAUUGGCUUCUCUCUGGGAGCACGGGUGAUAUUUUAUGCUCUUAUUGAGCUAGCGAAACACAAAGCUUUCGGAGUUGUGCAGGAUGUAUUUCUCAUGGGUGCGACGCUCACUGCUCCACUCCGCACAUGGCUUGAAGUUCGCUCCGUCAUCUCGGGCCGUUUUGUCAACGCGUAUGCAAGGAAUGACUGGGUGCUCAAUUAUCUAUUCCGUGCAACGGGUGGCGGCCUUAACACCGUAGCAGGGCUGCGUCCCAUCCAGAACGUGCCUGGGUUAGAGAAUGUUGACGUUACAGACAAGAUAGCUGGGCAUAUGAGCUAUCGCACGUUUCUGCCUCUGAUCCUGGACCAACUUGGUUUCCCGGUCUCAGCAGACUAUUUCGACGAGCCUGUUGAGCCUGAUUUCACGGAGGAUCGAAUCGUAGUAAGAGAAGGUGAGGAAGAUGGAAAGAAGAAAAGUUGGUUCUCCAGAAGAAAGAAGAAGACAGUGUCUGAAACUCGUGUCUCGCGUCCACCUUCAUCGCCUUCGAUCUUAUUGCACAAGAGUUCGUCAUCAGUACGGUCGAGUGUGGUGGAUGAAGGUUUACCGCCUCGCGAGGCUUCACCGAGUGCACCACCACCUCGGCCUGUCCCCACGCUGGGUUCUGAAACUACAUUAACACCCACUGACGACGUUUCUGAAGGCGAUGUAACAAGCUCUAGUAUUCCUGUCCAUGCAGGUUUCGAUUUCGCCGCGAUUAAGGACGUCAUUAACACAUCCGACACUAAGAUCGAUCUACAUAUACCCACACCCACUCACAUCCCCGUACAAGAUUUGCAUCCACCAACUCAGCGUUCAGGAUCUGUACCACUGCCUUCCCCAGACUCACCAGAGUCGACACCGACUAUGCGGUCUUCAUUAGACACUAGACGAGAGGAGCGGGAAGCACCAGAGGCUGGGCCGAGUUCUUUCGUGCCUCGAGACACCAUUCCAAGGUCUCGCUCGAUGAAUGAUACCUCUGAAGACGACUUGGUGUCCGAUGAGGGAGGGCUACAUCAUAGCUCAAGGGGACUUGCUUCUACGAGGUCCUUUGGCUCUGCCAUUGGUUCUGCCUGGCCUGGCGGGCCAUCGAUGUCGACCCCGAUUGCGAAUGCGUUCAAUACUCAUGCUCAUUCCGUCGCGCAAGAACCCACCGCGUCGCAAGAGACGUUGAGUUUCGGUUCAAAUCUGAAAUCAUCAUUUGGUUCAGCUGCAUUUGACUCUUAUGGGCUUUCCUCAACAUCGCAGAAUAAUUUCCUGUCUGCUACCCCCGAGGCAUCACUUUCGUUUGGUGGAGCUGAUGGUUCGAUAACCUAUUCGCCCUCGCCGUUCAGCAUAGAGAGGGACCCGUGGAAUCUCCGCGGACGCACUUCUGCUGUGCUCACACUCCACGAUCCGCUGUGGGGUCAUGCCUUAUCCCGUCCGGCAUAUAAGAGCAUCGCUUUGGGAGGCGCCCUCAGCGUCGUUCGGACUGCUGCCUACCGCUCGCCCUGUCAUCCCUUGACGUCUUCAAGAGUACCAUUCGCUAUCAUCAUUCAUAGCGUCGCGCCUACUUUCUCGACCAUUACGAUGACACUCCGAACUCGUCCUCGUCCGAUCCUCAAGCGGGACUCGUCUCCGCCGCCAUUAGCUAACGAUCUCCCGUUCACGACGUGCGACUACAUUCUUUCUCCUCAUGUCCACUUUCCUCCCACUCCGUGGAUGCAUUCAAUGCGCUUCACGCACUCUCCUCACACCUACGAUCGUGCGCCCAUUCUUGUCUCCCCAAACGAGCGCUUGCUGCUCAAACGAAGAGAUGAGCGAGUAUACUCUCCUCCUGCGGACGCCGACGAUGGGAGAAGAGGCCGAUCACGUACUCGCGCCCGCGAUUACGGCAGUGACACCGAGGAAGAGGAGGAGGAUGUAAAGGGUAGCUACUUUCACCCUCGAGCGUACGAAGCCUGCACCCCGGAACCCCUUGACGCUCCCACCACAUCGUUCGACGUUCCCUCCCUUCCGUCACUGGUCCCAGACUUAUCUCCCUCGGAUGAGACUGAUGACCUGGUGACGACUCCACCGGAUCCAAAACUGUCCGCGCUGAUCACAACUCCCAUCCCACCUCUCUUCAUUUACCCUUCUGAUUCACACGCGCCUUCCUCAAUCCGGACGGACGAAUGUUCUCCUGCGCAAUUCCGUUCUUCCGUCCUUCCUGCGCAUACCGACGGGAAGAAUGGUCGUCCGGGUUUAAAGAGGAACGACGACGUGAAAGUUUUUGUUUCGUUUUCGCCAAGACUAGAUGAGGGCUGUUUGGGUGGUUUCUGA